UCAACCUCUCAGCUCCCAAACCGCCACUCCUUCUGCCCCGGGCCUCGGAUGCAGGGCCCUGGGGAACCGACUGGCUGGACUGACGGAGGCUGAUGCUCCCGGGGGAGAACUACAUCAGCGUCAGGAGAAAGGGUAGCGGUGGAGGCACAGUUCCCCGCCGCUGGUUCUCCAUCACUUCGCCCUCUGUCGCCUGCAAGCAAGCACCUGCCAACAGGUACACCCGAAAUCUUGUGGAUCAAGGAAAUGGAAAAUUCAAUCUGAUGAUUCUGUGUUGGGGUGAAGGACAUGGCAGCAGUAUCCAUGACCACACCAACUCCCACUGCUUUCUGAAGAUGCUGCAGGGAAAUCUAAAGGAGACAUUGUUUGCCUGGCCUGACAAAAAGUCCAACGAGAUGAUCAAGAAGUCUGAAAGGGUCUUGAGGGAAAACCAGUGUGCCUACAUCAACGAUUCCAUUGGCUUACAUCGAGUAGAAAAUAUUAGCCAUACAGAACCUGCUGUGAGCCUUCAUUUGUACAGCCCACCUUUUGAUACAUGCCAAACCUUUGAUCAAAGAACAGGAUAUAAAAACAAAGUCACCAUGACAUUCCAUAGCAAAUUUGGAAUCAGGACUCCAUUUGCAACUUCAGGAUCACUGGAGAACAACUAAGGAGCGAGCACCCGCCAUUUGCUGUUCAGUCAUACACUUUACAAAGCCAAUACUUAGAUCUCCUGUAAGGCAGAUGCUAAUUAUAAGGCAUUAAGGAAGCAAAUAGUUCCCUAAGCAACUACAGAAGAAAAAUCUCACUAAAGAAAAAAAAAAAAGGCUUGUGAUUUUAAAGGCCAAAUCAAGUGCUCUCCUGGUCUUAUUCUCUAAAUCAGGAGUGGGAACCUUUUUUCUGCCAAGGGCCAUUUGGAUAUUUAUAAUAUCAUUCUCUGGCCAUACAAAUAUCAACUUAAAAGUUAGAUUGCUAUAUUUUGGUCAAACAUUUAAUUAAUUCACCUCUAAUGCCUUAGCAUUAGACCAAAUGAUUUUGCGGGCCUUAUACAACCCGCUGACCAAUAUUUCCCACCCCUGUUCUAAACCUAUUGGAACCAUACUGGGAAUGUCAGUGAAGGGUUUUAUAGCUUUUGGGAACACUUUGGUCUCUGAACUAUAAUUAGCAACAUAUAAAAACUACAGACAUCAAAUGCCUGCCUUGUGACUUGGAUAACUAAAUGUAGAUGUCUUUAGUAUACUUUGUAUGUUCUUAAUAUUUGAAGAGAAUUUUUGGAAUCUGUGGAUUUUAUUUUUUCAAUCAUAUUUUACAAAUUCCUGUUCUAUAAACAAUAGGGUUUUGUAGAUAGAGAAACUUAAAGUACUUUGACAUUUGGUAAUGAAAUGAAGGGCAAAGGAUUUAGAAAAGUAGAUGUAUCCAAACCCACAACAAACCAAAAACAUAAACUCAUGUCUGGUGUGUCCAGUGGUCAUAGUCAAAGACUUUGUACUAGUCUCAAAUUCUAAUAAAACUGGAUUUGAACACA